CGCGGGGCCUGACCCGGCCCGGCCUCACCUCGUCGCGGAGGCGGUACCGCGGCUUCCCCUGCCUGAGCCUGGCGAAAUCGAUCCCUCCGGCAUGAAGCGGGAGUGGAAACUGGCUGAGCCAGCUUAAGAAAGCGUGGUUGCGAUGACCACCCUGCUCCAAUUACGGCGUUAUUGUGCUUUCUACAAACCAGCUGCUUAAAAACGCCGUAGAUAAAUGCUCACCUCCGUCCAGGUGUUUUUGGCUUGGGGAAAGGAAAAAGAGGUGAAGCUGAUUCAGCACCAAAAAGCCGUGCAGCUGAGGAGUCAGACUGAAGAAUAAUAAAGUGACUGUCAUCAUGACAACCAUAAGACAGAGAAAGGGUGGAAAAGUCCCAGAAGCAGAUGAAGAUCAGCCUUCAGAGGAGAAGAACGUGAAUUCUGAGGGAAAAAUUCUGUCUGAUCAUACAGGUGGAAAGCUGUGGAAUAUACUCUCACUAACUGUUGGUGGAAUUGUUGCCAUCUUUCUUGGACUUCUUACUUCUGUUUAUGUUGCUACACUGCAUGAAAAUGACCUGUGGUUUUCCAAUAUUAAGGAAGUUGAAAGAGAAAUUUCAUUCCGAACAGAAUGUGGACUUUAUUAUUCCUACUACAAACAGAUGAUUCAGGCUGCUUCCAUCCAGCAAGGUUUACAUGGUUUAGUAUAUGACAAUAAAACUGAAUCUGUGAGGACAAUUAACAUACUUGAAAGAAUGAAUGUUUACCAGGAGGUGUUUCUCAGCAUUCUGUAUAGGAUUCUUCCAAUUCAGCAAUACCUAGAGCCUGUUUAUUUUUAUAUCUACACUUUGUUUGGACUUCAGGCAGUUUAUGUCAUUGCUCUGUAUGUAACAAGCUGGCUUCUUAGUGGAACAUGGCUUUCAGGGUUACUGGCAGCUUGCUGGUAUAUUACCAACAGAAUAGAUACUACAAGAGUAGAAUUCACCAUUCCCUUGAGAGAAAACUGGGCCCUGCCAUUCUUUGCAGUUCAGAUAGCAGCCAUCACGUACCUAUUCAGAAGUCAUUUGCAGCCGGCUCAAGAAAGAUUGACGCUUCUGGCUGUAUUUGUAGCCACCUUCCUCUUUAGCUUGACUUGGCAAUUUAAUCAGUUUAUGAUGCUGAUACAAGCAUUGGCAUUAUUCAUACUGGACUGCUUUGACAUACUUCCCACAGCAAAGGUUAUGUGGCUCUAUAUCAUCCAACUUUCUGGAUUACUGCUAGUCUGUGCCCUACAGUUCUUUAACUCAAUGAUUCUUGGAUCAUUACUUAUAAGCUUUAAUGCUUCUAUCUUGAUAGCAAGAACAAUCCAGAAAAACCUAAAAACAGGCAGCUUGCUUAAUAGGCUUCGGAAACUUAUCCUCCAUGCACUAUUAGUGUCAAGCUUGACUCUUCUAGUAAAUAAAUUUAUCAAGAAAAUUCUUAAUCUUGAGUCAGAUGAACAUAUAUUCAAAUUCCUCAAAGCAAAAUUUGGAUUUGGAGCAACAAGAGAUUUUGAUGCUAGUCUCUAUCUUUGUGAAGAAGCUUUUGGUUUACUGCCCUUAAAUACUUUUUCAAGACUCUCUGAUACAUUACUUUUUUAUGUCUACAUAUUCGUUCUCUUCCCUAUGACAGUAACAGCUGUCAUUGUUGCUCUUCGGAACCUCAGCUGUUCAAAUCAAGCCCUCGAAAAAAUGGAAGAAUGCACUGUAUCACUGAAGCCUGAUGCUGCUUACAACUUAAUUCACACCGUUCUUUUUGGAUGUCUGGCAUUAAGCACAAUGAGAAUGAAGUACCUCUGGACAUCCCACAUGUGUGUAUUUGCAUCUUUUGGUCUGUGUAGUACCGAAGUGUGGCGACUUAUCUUGAAAUGUGCUCAUCUCUACACGUCACAGCGGACACAAGUGAUUAAAUAUUUGAUACCAAUAAUUACAUUACUAUACAUUUUAUAUAAGUUCUGGCCAGGAAUAAUGGAUGAACUGUUAGAGCUCAGAGAAUUCUAUGACCCAGACACUGUGGAGCUGAUGAACUGGAUUAAGUCAAAUACUCCUAACACAGCAGUGUUUGCUGGAAGCAUGCAGCUAUUAGCUGGAGUCAAACUGUGCACUGGACGGACAUUAACUAAUCAUCCCCAUUAUGAGGAUAAGCAUCUGAGAGAGAGAACAAAACAGAUUUAUCAGAUCUAUGCCAAGAGGUCUCCUGAAGAUGUUUACAGAAUAUUGCGAUCCUUCAGCACAGACUAUGUGAUCCUAGAAGACAGCAUUUGUUAUGAAAGAAGACACAGUAGAGGCUGUCGGUUGCGUGACCUACUAGAUAUAGCAAAUGGUCAUAUCAUGGAUGGUUUGGGAGAGAAUGAACCGGAUUUGAAGCCUUCGCUGUAUCCUCGCUUCUGUGAGGAAAUUAAAAAAAAUCUGCCUUCUUAUACUAUACACUUCACUAGAGUAUUUCAGAACAAAACAUUCCAUGUUUACAAACUUGCUAAGCAUAAAUAACAUUACCAACAAUGGCUUCAAGUUCAGUAUUUUAAUGCUAGGACCCACGUAAGAAAAUGCUGAAAUUUACAAACAUUUUACGUUUGUAAGACAUUUUACAGGAUGGUUUCUUGCUAAUUACUGCAGUUCUUUUUUUUAUUUGUUUGGGUUUUUUUUAAAGACAGUUUUAGUUUUGAUAAUCUUUUUGACGUUGCCAAAAUUUUCAUAGAUUCAUAAAUAAAUGCUAUCUGGGACCAUUUUGAUUAUAAAACCUGACCUGCUGAAUACAUAGGAUAUAACUGUUUUCCAGCUGUAACCAGUUUAAAGACACACAAAACAAGCAGCCUGCAUGACCACUGCAGCCUAUGCAGAUCUGCUCAGUGCUGUGCAUUUUUACUACAAAAUGAUAGAAAUUCAACAAAAGCAGGUCAUGCUAUUCUAUACUGAAGAUGUAUUAUCUACGUGAGUCUUUAAAAUGUUAUAAAAAGAAAAAAGAAAAAACAGUUUAAUCUUACAAAUCUGAUCUAUUCCGACAGGUCUCAUAUGCUCUUUCAGUGCCUCUCUUUUGAAUUCAUUGGGAAUGUAUAUGGAUAUGAGUUUCCAAGUUUGUGAGUGUGAUUGCAGAAAUUAUUGUCCUACAUUUUUAGCGAGACAGAAACACACUAUUUUAUAAUGUGAAGCAUUUAAUGAUGGAGUGUCGUAUUUCUGAUGAAAAUUGAGGUCGGAGCAUGCUUGAUACAUGUUGCAUGUAUCCCUGUAAAAUAUCCUUUUUGAAUGCUCAGGACAAACAAAGAACAAAUUUCUCAGCUAGGACUCUUGCUUUAUUUUCUCUAUUUGCUCUCUGAACUACAAAGGAUCUAUUUCCCCCCACACGAGUUCCAGAAGUAGGGUACCAAAAUUGAACAGUGCCAACUUCACAAAAAAAAUUAACCCCUAAAAUUGACAGGAACUUUCUGGCAUUACAGCUUUGAUUUACUUUAUUCCAGAUGCAAAGCUGUCAAUUUUGUUGAAAAAAAUCACCGUAUCAAUGCCCUCUAGGCUAAGAGACAGACUACAGUUACUUAAAAUAUAUUUGGAAGAUGAAAUGAAGGCAGUCCUCAAUCCUGAGAUUUUGUGAUUUGUUUGUAGCCUUUGUCUUUUUACCAGACAAGAAAUUUGCAGACUGUAUUGACUUUUUAAAUGCUAUGUAGAUGAUGUGUCACUUUUACUGUGUUUUAGCACUGCUUUGGUUUUAUAUUGAAAUUAGAGAUUAAGUCUAAUUGGAAGUGUAACAGUACUCUCCAACUUUAAUUAGAUAUCCACUAGGAUCAUUUAUUUCUUACGAAAAACAGAAUUGUAAUAAUCAAGUGCCUCUAGGCCAAUGUUGAAUUAACAUUUGAACACCUAUAAGAGUGUUUGUGGCCUGUGCAAAUAACUCUGUUAUAAUAAUUACCAAUGCAAUUAAUUUCUAAUGAUGGGAAACUUAAAGUGCUACUGAUAGCAAACUCCACUUAAUUUAAUCAAGAUGUGUAAUGAGAUUAGCUUUCACAACUGAGUUGUGUUCCAAUUCCAAAUGAUUUAAAUGUUUUUCCUUUUCAGUUGUACAAAGGUAAAUUACUGCAGAGAUGGAGAUAGUUCUGUCACAUGCUCAAACAGUUUUAUAUUCAGUAAAUACUCAUUAAACAAUGUUGAACAUCUCUCUGUACUUCCAUGCUGACACAAAAGGAAAGCAUACUUUAAUCAGACUGUAUUUAAAUCAAACAUUGACAGUGGCUAGGUUGUUAAACCGAGCAACUGAAACUCCUGAAUAAUUUCUGUUCUGUAUCCCUUAAUGAGGUUGGAGACCACUGCAGAUUAACAUAAUACAAUAAUAAAACAUUUUAAUCAGUAUUAAAACUUUAAUUAGGCCUGUAAUGAUGCAUGCCUGUUCUUGCUGAAAGCAUGGGUCAGUGAAUUCCUCAGUGAGUGCCUUACAGUAAUUGAAAACAAGCACAUGUAAGGUAAAAUAUAUCCAGACUGAACUGUCUUAUUUUAAAAAUGUGGUUGUACCUUUCUUUAAAGGUGCAUAACUUUCUCCUGAUUGAAACGAGAGAUUUGAAGCUCCUGUGGUACCUCAGGAUUCUCACAAUUUAUUUGUUGCUAACAGCUGAAACUAGGAAGUCCAGACUAUAACAAUAAGUAUUUUUAAAUAGAUUCCCUUUCUUCAAUAGCACAGCAUCUAAUUUAGCUAAAGAAGAAAUUUAACCUUUUUGUAGAAAAUACCAAGUGGUUUUGUUUUUAAAAAAUGUAAAAAGCAAAAGCCAGGCAUGAAACCCAUAUCUUCCCUGAUGCAGAGCUACCACAGUAACACGACUUCUGCUCCUAAUACAAACGUCCCCCUAAAUUAGCGCAAAAGAACGUGAAGCAUUAGAUGGAUACCAAACAUUUUUGAGAAUUUUUGCAUUUAGCAAACUCCAACAGUUUCUGUACCUGAAUCAUGUAAGAGAAGAUGGAAGUGCACACUUAAAUAACCACAUAGUAAAGCAGUUAGAAGACCAAUCUUACAACAGCAGUGUAGAAAAUGCCAAGAAACAAAAGCACCUACCAGUUCCAAGGAAAGGCACGCUCAUCAGCACAGCUCUCAGAAGCAGCAAGCAGCUGCUCUCCUGGUCAACUUGAAAGGCUCGCCAGCAGCAAGGCAUGCUAGGGAGGCUGUUGGUCAAGGCUUUGGGCUGGGACACAGGUGAUACAAAGGGCUACAUUUUGUAUUCCUGGAGGCUGGGCGUAAGUACUGAAGACCUCCAGGAGGCAUGUUUGUCUGGCUGAUUGCUUCCACUUCUUGAGUCUUACUAUGAAAUACUGCAUUUAAAUGUGCAAUUUUUUUAUUUUAUUUUUUUUGUUGUAUGACUUCAUCUGUUCCUGAACCACGUUAUCCUUAUGCACCUUUUUUCCAAGUGGCUGUUGUGGUAUUGUUGUUUCAUCAUAUUAAAGACGAUGCACACCCAAGAAUGCACUGUGCUUACAAAAAUCUUACAAAUAAUUGGCUAUGUGAAUGACACCAUCAUUUCUUGUCUGCAUUACCUUCUGUUAGGAGGGACUGCUAAGCUGUGCACUAUCACUGGAAUGGUAGGCACUGAAUAACCUAUUUUAAAUCACAGAGACAAAAUGUUAUCAUGUAGCCAGGAUGUUUUUAGGGGAGAAAAGCCCUUAGGUCUGUAAGUAUAUUUUCAUUUUGUGUUUCAAAGUUCUGUUGGUGUGAUCUAACAUAUAGUUAUUUUAUAUGUUGUAAAGGAAUGUGUGUACUAAAUAAAUUGUGUAAUUUGAA